UCCAAUAUGGAAGAACUGGCGGUGGAGGUCCGUGGCUCCAACGGGGCUUAUUACAAGGGCUUUGUCAAAGAUAUCCACGAUGACUCUCUCUCCAUUGCCUUUGAGAACAAUUGGCAGCCAGAACGCCAGGUGCCGUUCAACGAUGUCCGGAUGCCACCGCCCGCUGACGGCAAGAAGGAGAUUGGAGAGGGCGAGGAGGUGGAGAUCUUGUCCAGAGCCAAUGACCAGGAGCCUUGUGGUUGGUGGCUGGCGAAAGUCCGCAUGAUGAAGGGAGAUUUCUACGUGAUAGAGUACGCCGCCUGCGACGCCACUUACAAUGAGAUUGUGACCUUUGAGCGUCUGCGUCCAGUCAACCCUAACAAGGCCAUCACCAAGAACUCCUUUCACAAGUGCACUGUCCCUGUUCCUCAAGAUCUACAAGAAGCGAGCCAGAAUGAGAAUGCCCAUAAGGACUUUAAGAAAGCUGUGGGAGCCUGUCGCAUCUCAUAUUGCCCCGAGACCAGCCAACUAGUGAUUGUGUCCAUGAAUGAGACGACAGUGAAGCGCGUGUCUCUGCUAAGUGACAUGCACCUGCGCAGCAUCAGGACCAAGCUGCUGUUAAUGUCACGCAACCACGAGGCCACAAAACACCUGGAGAGCUCUAGGCAGCUGGUGUCAUCCUUCCAGGAGGAGUUCAUGGUGAGACCGGAUCUGAUGGGCUUGGCCAUUGGCAGCCAUGGCAACAACAUCCAGCAAGCACGGAAGGUUGCAGGUGUCACUGCCAUUGAGCUGGAUGAGGAGACUGGCACUUUCAGGAUUUAUGGAGAGUCAGCAGAGGCAGUGAAGAAGGCCAGGAACUAUCUGGAGUUUCUGGAGGACUCUGUCCAGGUGCCCAGGAACCUUGUUGGCAAAGUGAUUGGUAAGAACGGUAAGGUCAUCCAGGAGAUUGUGGACAAGUCUGGUGUGGUGAGGGUCAGGAUAGAAGGAGACAAUGACACCAAGCAGCCCCGACAGGAAUUGACACAGGGAAUGGUCCCAUUCACCUUUGUCGGUACUAAGGAAAGUAUUGGCAAUGUCCAGGUCCUGCUGGAAUACCACAUCUCUUACCUCAAUGACAUGGUGGAGCUUCUUUCGGAGGGCCAGCAGCUAGAAGAAGAGCUGAGGCAGAUUGUGGAUUAUACACAGGGAAGCAGCCUAGCAAGAUUCAGAAUAAGCAACACGAGGCACACUGGAUGUGUUGUAGAUGAGGUUGAGCAGCUUCGCCUGGAGAGGAUGCAGAUAGAUGAACAGUUACGUCAGAUCACGCAGGGCCACCGAUCAGCUGACAGAGAGAGAGGAGACAGAGGGGAAAGAGGAGGAGGAGGAGGAGGAUAUAAUACAGAUGGUAGUGCCAAUGCCUCCUCAUCCUCUUUACACGUCACUCGCUCCUACAACAGUCGAGGGCGUGGGCGCAGAGGCCACAGCUACAGCACUGGAUAUGGCACCAACUCAGAACAGUCCAACGCCUCUGAGACAGAUUCAGAGCGCAGGGAUGAGCUCAGUGACUGGUCCCUUGCUGGAGAGGACCAGGACAGGGAGAGGGAGAGAGGCCAACGACCUCUAAGAGAUGGUCGAAGGAGGCCUGGACCCGGCAGAGGCCGAGGAGGGACUGGCGGACGGGGAAGAGGCGGAAGAGGAGGAUACAACAACAGCUUUGCAGGGCCUCGGGACCAUGAGGAUCACCAUGCCUAUGGAGCCUUGGAGACAAACACAGAGACAGACCAGACAGCCGAUACAGAUGCUAGUGAGUCCAACUUGCCUGCAAACCGCCGCAGAAGAUCUCGACGACGCAGAACGGACGAGGACGCUACACUGAUGGAUGGCAUGACCGAGUCGGACAAUGCCUCAAUGAGUGAAAAUGGAACAGAUGACCCCGAAGCUAAACCUCAGCGCCGUAACCGUAGUCGACGUCGCCGCAUCCGCCUGCCUGAGGAGAGGCAGCCAGUGACGGUGGCGGACUACAUAUCCAGGGCCGAAUCUCAGAGCAGACAGACCACCAAGGACGCCAAGAAAACCAAGGAUGUGGGUCAGGUGGAUGCCAUUGCUGAGCACAGCCCGCCGUCUGCUCCGGCAACCACCAAUGGUUCCAACAACAGUGCUGCCGACAGCGAAGGCAGCAGAGCUCCCAGGUCUUCCACAGAGAGGCCCGCCAAAGUCUCCUACAAGGAGGACUCUAACCCGCAACCCGUUGUUAACGGACUCUCCUAGUGAGACCUGAGCAAAGGAAAUGGUUUCAAAUAUUUUCAAUUCUUUGGCUGCACUUGAUUGAAUCUCCCUGUCUCUGGAGCAGCCUUAAACAUAUAAAUACAACAAGCACUGUUCUUUUUUUACUUUACAAAUAUUUGAAACCUGUUCCACUGCGCAAGUUUUAGAGGUCUGACCCUUAACCUCCCCUUUACACUCGUGUUCAGUCCAACUAUUCAUUUUACUACAGUUUUUGUACGAUAGUUCUUCCUGUAUGAGCUUGCCAAAGACAGUGAAACACACACACACACACACACACACACACACACACACACACACACUGACAGACAUCUACUUAACUGUACUUUUCAGUCCACUCUUCAUUGAGAGCUCAGGAAGAGGCUGGACUGGAUGCAGUAUUUAUAAAAUGCAGACAGGGAUUCCACUCAAACCCAUACUGUGGUAUGAAUGCAGCGGUUCUUUUUUUUAAUUAUUGGUAAAAAAAAAUAUCAUUGCAGGGUUUUAGAAAAAAAAAAAAAGUCUGCCUUUUGCCAGGUGGACUCAAAAAGAUGCUUCCACAGGAUGUUUUGUGCAUCUGAAGUAGUUUGUAAAUUUAACAUUCUGCAUGAGCAGUACCACAGUGCAGAUAGGUUUGUUGGAAAAACCCAAGUAUGUUUGACAUACAUGUGAUCAGCUGUUGUGCCUUGAGAGUAGAUUCAACAUGUUGUUGCCUGGCUCUGCACACCAUCUGAAAUCUUUUCACUCAAUUCUGUGUUAGUUGGUCACACUCGCCUGCCACAGAUGAACCAGAUGAGUUGUCUCCUUGGUCUAUAUGUACCCUUAUGGCACUUUAGACAGGUAGAGGCAAACACUGAAAGACCUUGAAAGGAUUUCAGAGGCAUAUCUUUUUAAAAUCAGGUGUGUUAAUUCUUAAUGUUUGUGGGGAAAAUGAGACAAGUUAUCCUUUAUAUAUAUAUGUUGAGGAGUUUGACAUUAGCUGCUUUCUGUUUUUCAAUAUGCAACCACUUAAGUCAUAGAAGAAAUGUUAUUACAGCGUGUCUGGAAAAGAAACAAACCAUAGAAAAGUUGUUUUCUUUGCACUGAAACAUAAACUUUUUCUGUUUAAAAAGUUGAUUGUAGUUGAGUCUGGAAACUGGCCUGUUACUGUUUUUUUUUGCUGGACAGAGAUGUAGCCAUCAAUGCUGGGUUUCCUGGAAACAUCUCAUUUCAAAACAUCGAGCAGUUUCAUCAAAUAUUUCAAGACGGAUAUGGAGUACCGUUUCCUCCGAGAAAUCCAAUUAAAUCAAGAGACUCAAAGGAUGUUUGCUGUGUCUAUACAGCUACUAUCCCAGUUUACAUGCCCACUAUUGCAAAAAUCCUGUAUUGAGCAGUAAGAACCAGACUACCCUGGUGUUGAGAUGUUUCUGGAAAACCAAGCCCAGGUGACAAUGAUGUCAUUUUCAUGGUUCUUCCACAGACUGGCUGGAAACUGGUCACGACUGUUCCACUACGGAAGGAGAUUUAUUUGGUUUAUUUAUUUAAAAAAUGUACAGUAUUUAAAAAAAACAAAAAAACCACACAAAAACAAGAGAAGCUCUUCUUUUUCUUGACACUAAAACAUGCGUUACCUAGGGUUUUCUUUCAAGACAAAUCACAAUUUGGACUACUGAGAGUUGUGACAUCCCAAGUGUUUUUGCUGGGUCAACUACAGUAUGUUUUUUUUUUUUUUUAAAGGAUCGUUCUGGUUGGUUGAUGUGCAAUAUGUUUUGUAUGCAGGUAGUUCUUAAAUAAACUUGAUCUUCCAUGUAGAUCUGAAACCCAA